GUGUGAUUAUUAUACUUAGGCCUGUAUCUUGUUCUAUGUUGUACAUAACCUAUAUUAGAUGCUAUAUAGGUAGACCGUGGUAGAAUGUAUUCUCUACCUGGUUGUACGUACUCCAGUAUUGUAGUUAUUAUCUCACCAAACACGUCAAUUUCAGUGCCUUUAGAAACAUUUGUUACGAAUCCUGCCAAUUUUGUCCCCUGCCAUGAACAUGUGCUGGAAAAGUCAGCCUUUCUGCGAACAGUGGUCGUCAAGGCUCAAUUCAUUGUCAACCAUUACAUUCUUACGUAUCAUAAGCAUGUAACAAACGCGUUGUUUGAGCAAAACUUCUGGUAUACUGUCUGUCGAGUCGUCUAUGGAAGUGCCAGAAUUGAAGAUGUGGAGGCUCGUUACCCUGAAAUGACAGGUUUUGCAGAGGCAUAUUAUACGCUCUCGAUACAUCAUCAGGAAGUCAAUCUUUCAGUAUAUUGUGGUUAUUUGGCAUAUUACGGCCAGAUUGUAUCGUCAGCAUGUAUCACUUUGGCCACAACAUAUGAAAACUAUUAUGUUGAGAACUUUGAAGACACGGUGGCAAAAUACUUUAUCUAUUAUCUUCGCCUUCAUUACCCAAUGAAUAUAUAUCUAUCUAUCUAUCUAAAUACACCAAAUUGACAACUAUAAUCACAGCAUUUCAAUGUUGGCCCUAUCAACGACCUUGUUUAUAGUGAGCUCCUUGAUUACAUCUUUCUUCAGCCAGCUGGCCAACUUUUCAACAUCAAUCCCACUACUGCUCUUAGAGAGUUUAUACUGUUUAUCACAGAGAUGGAGCAUCUCCUAAAUGCUACUUCAAGACCAAUCAGAAACCGUCUUCCAACCAUAUCAGCCAAUAAACUAUCUUUAUCCUCUAAAUCCUCAAUGCUGAUCCCCCUCUACCAUUAUAUUAUGCUGCAGUACGAGGAUUUUCAAUUGCGGAAUGUAUUAGAGCAAUUGAAUUUUGAAGCGUACAAGCUGCAAAACCCUGGCAUUGUUGGCCAUCAAUUUCCUGCCCCUUUUACACCGAUGAACUCGCUAUG